AUGACCACUGCCUAUCCCAACGCACGUGUGGCAAGUGUCAGAUCGUCGGGGGACUCUGUGGGUGAUAUCAAAGUGGGCUCCAGGAAGUCCGCGGAGUCUUCUAACGCAAACUCCAGCUCCAGCUCUAAAAAAUCAGAGUUAUCACGCCCCUACCAAUGUCCCAUGUGUGAAAAGGCUUUCCACAGAUUAGAGCAUCAAACAAGACACAUACGGACUCACACGGGUGAGAAGCCCCACCACUGUAAUUAUCCCGGCUGUUUCAAGAAGUUUUCAAGGUCGGAUGAGUUGACCAGACAUUCCAGAAUACACAACAACCCAAACCCAAGGAAAAGGGGGCCAGGUGUUGUCCCCAAGAAGACUCCUAGACCAAAGAUGGCAGGCAAGUCAGCCUCAUAUAGUGACGAGGGCAACUACUCUUUAGGCGAAGGCCAUCAGCAGUUUUACGGCAGUGAUGACGCUUCCUCUUUCCCGUUGGUGUCGAUUCCAACUGCAGCAGCAACUACCACGGUGGGAAAACCAACAACCCCAACUCCGAGCUCAAAGUCGUCUCAGAGCCAGACAGCUGAGGCCAAGUUCAACCCUCUAAGAAGUGCGUCUACUCUGAGCAUCAACUUGCUGGCUACUGCUGCCUCUCAGGAACUACAAGAGUUAAGGGCUGCAGAGGAAAACUCUUCAAGAUUGCAACAAGUAAAAUCUCUACCUUCGUUAACUCAAUACUUCAUUGCUUCGGAAGACUCCUCUCAUGGUGGAAACCCUCCGUUAUCUCAUCCGAAGCCAUUCAGCAGUCUAAGCGGACUUAAAAGAAUGACCCCAAUAAACCCUUCUUCUUCUUCCUCUUCGUCCGGAGGUGUUUCAAUCAACAAAUCAAUAUCUGUUACUUCGUUGACUCGAACCUUUUCCAACACAGAGAUUGCUGACGAAUUCACUACUCCUCCGACAAUGUUGAAAAAAUCCCGACCAAAUUCGCCUGUGCUCACAGGACGAUCUCCAACGACUUUUCAACAAUACCAACAAUCACAGCAUACAUCUAACUUGGCACAGCAGCAAUCUAAGGGUAACUUUCCUCCAUCCCAUAUUGAUUCCAAGGUUUCAUCAGCGGCUCUGCAUCUUUUAGGACUUGGGCUGAACCAUGCCACUCCUGAAGUCACCCCUUUGCAAACCCCUGCAGUGUCUCCCAAACUCUUUCCAAAAUCCGUUUCCAAUAAUAGCUUGGAGACACUUCACAAAGCUUUGGAUGAGACCACUGAAGCAGAGAACCUCCAAAGCACAGCACUACCUUCUCUGAGCUCUCUAAAUUUACCUUCAACCUCUCUGGAAAAUCAAGAAAAGAAAUGA